AUGGGCCUGCUCCAUAAAGCAUUAGAGGCCGCACAUAGAGACAUGCACGUGGGUGGGGAGGCUGGUAGAGGGCACCCCCGGGUGGUGGAUCGGUGCAAGCUGGCAGUGUCGUUCGUCAAGAUGCUCUUCAAACCGCCCUUUGACUGCCCACCGUACGUGUGGACGUGUGCGGGUGCGUUUGAAGCACAUGUGAACCAGCAGGCACGCCACUUGCCGGUGCCCGUGAAACACAUCUACGACAAGGGCUUCCCAGAGACGGUGCUCAAAACGGUGGAGGGCAUUGCAUUGGAGGAGGGCAGCAGGAGGCCCGGCACCAAGAGACGCUACCACCUCCGGAUCAGAGACACCAACACUGGCAAAACAUACAAGUUGAUAUGUGUGCCUCACCCUGACGGAGCAGGAGUCAUCCUUACCAAGGUGAAGUGCAACUCGACGCGCUACGCAGUGAUCGACGUCGCGCGUCCCGCCAAGGCGGUGGAUCUCCGCGUCUUCUUCCGCAAGGAGUCCCGCCUCUGCUCGCUUGACGACGCCAUUCAGGCUGCCUUUGAGCGCAUUGCGUCGACGGCAGUCAUUGACAGUGCUUCAGGCUGGCUGCUGCACUGGCCAUGCACCACAGGCCUCGACCUGGAUACCACCAUAGUAACACCUCUUUCGUCAGCCGCCCCACCAUCGGCUAGUCGUUUUGUUCUCAUGGGAGUGUGGCACAUCAGGUCGUGGGUGAUUGCAGGAGAACGCCUCACAUGGAAGCUGAAUGAGAUGAAUGUGCGCAUGCUGUUCCAACCUGAAGGCUUGGUCACCAGCAUCAGUGUUUUCCCAAAUUGUUGGGGGGAGAAGAUGAAGUGUUAUGAGAAGCCGGAGCCAGGCCCGACAACCUCCUCACAGCCCAUCAAAUCAACAUCGUCUGCCUACUCUGCCGCAUCCUGCUUUGACUCGACCUUGUGGCAGGCGCCACCAAAGUGGACCCCGGAGGGCAUCCUUUCAGAAUGCCCCGUCCUUAUAGACUGGCUACAGUACCGGCUGCCUUAG